AUGGUGGCCAAAAAGAGAAACACACUAAGGAAUAAAGCUUCCCAGAAACUGCUGCUGACAACAGCAUCAUCAUCAUCAUCAUCACCAAUAAUAUCAUCCAAUGACCAAGACGUACGUGGAUCCAUCUCUGAAUUACCACCAGAUCCAAAGGCAUACUUACAUCAGGCAAGAGAAUCCAAAAAGGACAAACAGUUAAACAAACAACUAUCAUUUCUAUCAAAAAUGAAAUCAAAGUCCACAGGCAAGGAAAGCAACUUUGAUGGUAUUUCUAAAUCAUCAAUAAGGCGUAGAAAGAGGAAACUAAGAGAUGAUUUGAAACCAAAAAUGGAAGAUCUCUUAACAUCAUUAGCGCAAGAACAAGAUUUGAAAGAGCAUGUACGAAACAACCAGCGACAACGAGACGACCGGCGAGGCCAUGACGUACUCUGUCAACCAAAAUUACUAAAUCUUCUCAGUAUGAGAAAUUAUACAAAUAUGAAUGAACCUGGUUCUGUUAUAAUAAAGAAAAAUCAACCUAAUAUUAGAAACCAAAAGGGAGCUAAAGCGCUGUCUCAAUUAGAAUCAAAAAGAUUUACUCAAGUUUUGACUAAUCAAACUUUCCAACAAAAUCCAUUUGCCUCAUUGAGAGAAAUUAUCAAAAUGCAAAAAAGAUAA